UUGAGAAUCCUCAAUCAGCAGUUAUUGGAGAGAGAAAGAGCAGAACGGCAGACAAGACCAGAAGCCUGUGACAUGGAGGUGGUUGCGUUGCAGUCCCUGAACCUUACUCUACAAACCCAGUUAAAUGAAAGCCGUGAAGAGCUUGAUGUUCUACAUCAGGAGAACAUGAGGCUGCGGAAAGCCGCGGAGGACAAAGACGGUGAUUUGAAGCACCUGAAAGACUUGUGCGAGUUGGAGAACAGUCGGCUAAGGCUGGAUGUGAGCGAGGCCUUAGCUGAGAUGCAGAGCUGCCAAAGUAAACUCAAAGAAUCUGAGACUGAAAAGAUGGCACUGAAUUUGAGUCUCCAGCAGAGGGAGGCAGAGAUCGGCAAACUGCAGGACAUCAUCAGAAAUCUGCAGAAAAGUCAAUCAAACGUGAGCUAUUCUCCUCACCAGGAUGUGCUUCAACCAAAUUCCCAGCUCACUAAGAGUGUUCUGGAACUGCAUGAAGCUGCGGCAUCGGAUAAACCUUCAAAUUCAGUUAAAACCUACCUUCAGACUCUGGAGGACAUCAGACAGGCCUCUCCUUCCAACCACAUUAAAUGUAGGUCAGAGAAAUUACAUCCAGGUCAAACUGAUGGUAAAAACUAUGACAUUUUACUUUCAGAUACAAAAAUCUGCUUAAAAACAGAUAGAGAUAUACACAAACCAACCCUGGAAACCAUAGCUGAGGACAUGCCACAGUUAGAAGAUCAGAAAAAAACUGUGUUUGCUCCUUUAAGAGAGACUCCAUUGGUGCAGCUUGCUCGUAGUGAUCCAUUAACUCACUGUAAUCAGCAAAUAGCAGCCAGAAAUUACAGGAAAGAUGUGGAUGUUGAGCUGAAAUAUGUGGGCCGUGGUCUUGAAAAGCUGGACAUCUCUGGACUCCACAUUCAGAAUGCCACAUGUGAGGGCCGAGAUUAUCUUGGUGUGGGUUUACAUUUAAAUCAGCAAAAUAAGGGACUAAACAAUCAACAGUUGCAAACCCAACAUGUCCAUCGAUUUCCACGGUUGGCUUCUCAGUCUGCUUACACUGGACGACCUUCAGCGAUGGACAGCACUCUUUCCUCGUGUGAUAUUAAAUCUUUAGCCUCUGAUUGGAGCAUAAACUCCUGGUCCACAUUUAACACACAAGAUGAGCAGAAUUUCAGGGACGGGCUCGCAGCACUUGACGCCAGCAUAGAAAGUCUGCAGAAAACCCUGAAAGUUGAUCUAAACAAAUAAUUUGGUAUUUCAGCGUGCACUGCGUUUUUAGUUUGACUACAUGCAAUUAAUGGGUGUUUUUAUUUGUUUCUCUUUUUUUUUUAUUAAAUUAUUAUAUGAAA